UUAGGAGCAGGACGUGUGGUUGGCUGGGAGGGCUGGCAGCUGGGUAUAUAUAACACUGUAUAGCCCUGGCGACUCAUCCAGGCAGAGACAGGGACCAGCUGUACCAGCGCCAGUGGCGGGCAGUCACCGCAGCGAGGGCACCACUUACCUGUCAUCUACACCGCAUACAUUGGAGCUGCUGCAUCCCUAGCUGCCUGGGAAUACGUGAAUAUCAGGUCGGCACCAGCUGCGCCCCCAUCAGAGCCAGCGCUCCGGGAUCAGGGCAGCCACAGGUAGCACAAUCCACCUCCUGGACCCAUUUGCUUUCUUCUGUUUAUCGGGGAACAUUAAGAAUGUGGCUGUUGGAGAGGAUCCGAGGCACAGUGGACCACAGCGGUCGACAGACAGGAGAAUCUGGGGACAAACAAGCCAAGGGUGGACCUUAUAGCAAUGUUCUGACACCGGACAAGAUACCUGAUUUUUUCAUCCCCCCAAAACUUAGUAGUAUCCCAGCUGAAGGGGGAGGAGCGGAAGGAGCCUCAGCAGGAGAUGGAGUACAAUCCAAGCCAAACAUAGGCACCUCUGCUUCUGAGCAAAACUUGUCAGGACGGCGUCCUCAGCGCAGCCCCCGUCUGCCAACCAAAGCUGCAUCAGAGAGCCGGAACCUUGUGAAAGCUGCAAACCGUCACAUCAUUCAGAUUGAAAGUGCUGAUGAGUGGGCUUCAGAAGAAGACUUGGGUACCAAUGCUGACCCACAAUCUCAGAAUGCCAUGUCUCUUCCAUAUGUACCGAAAGCUCAGACUUCAUAUGGAUUUGUGACACUGAUGGAGAGUCCACAUACCAGACGGAAGGAGUCUCUCUUUCACAGUGAGCAAGGGUCUCUAUCCCCAUGUCCAUCACAAUCCAGUUCUCCCAGUUCUCAGAGAAGGAGCGGAACAGAAGGAGGAGGAGGAGGAUCACAGCUGAACCCCUCAGACUUUGGAAUGUCAUUGAUGAAUCCUUACCGGUAUUUCAGUGGUGGAGAAAGUGAUACCUGCUCUUCAGCUGAGUCCUCACCAUUCAGCUCACCAUUACUUUCCCGCUCGGUCUCUCUCCUGAAGAUCUUCACUCCAGAUACACAAUCAAAGCUCAUCAAGCUGAAACACUCAGUUGCUCGAAACAGUUCACUAUCCACAGAUGAGUGCAGUUCAGCAGACACUAGUCCCAGCAUGCCCAGAAGAAGGGUACGCGGUGCCAAGGGAGCUGGCAUAGGUUCUGGGCAACAAGGAAUGCUUAAUAUGGGCCUUCUACAGAAAGAACACACUGUGGGUCUAAGUAAAGGAGGCAGUAUGAGGUUAGCAGCAGAGUAUGACCCAUCAACUGCCCGUCUCAGAGUACGGUUAAUUGCAGCAGAGCACCUCUUUGACAAAAUCUGUGACUUAAAGGGAGUGAACUGCUGUGUAGUGCUCUACCUGAACCCUGGUAAAGUUCACCGUCAGAGAAGCACCAUUAUUAAGAAUAGCCGGAACCCAGUCUUCAAUGAGGAUUUUUUUUUUGAUGGCUUGGUGGCUGGAAGUGCUAAAAAGAUGUCACUUAAACUGAAGGUGCUCAACAAGGGGAGCAGCCUUAAAAGAGACACACUUCUUGGAGAGAAGGAGAUUCCACUGACUGCACUAUUACCCUUACUUUGAGAAUGACGUAACUAUGAUAGAAUGCAUGGAGUGUGAGAGAGGGCUGUCUGACUGUGCUCUGCAGUGAAGGGUGCCUUCACUUGUGGUAAUUAGAAGCUACAGAGUCAGAUCUGACAUCCUUUACAUGAGUCCUACUAGAGUAAACUGCAGACAAAAGUACUUCCAUAGCUCUAAAGAAAAGCUUUCAUUAAGAAGCUGCAGUGUUGAUCUUCCACAGCAAUAGUGGUCUGCAGUGCAUUGCACAUUUAGAGGUGAUGACCAGCAGAUAAUUGCAAUUUUAAACUGGACCUACAACCUUUUCACAUUUUGAUGAUUUUUGAGCAACUGUACCAGACCAGUUGUAAAUGUAGGACCGUCUGCAGAGAAUAAGUGCACAGAUUGUUUAAAAAUAUGCAUAAUUAUCUGCAGAGCAUGUCAUAUUUACUCCAAGUCCCAUAAAUCAGGAGCCUACAGAGAUCAAAUUGUGCAAAGCAAAUUUAGGUAAAAUCCGCAGAGUAUAUCUCGGACAAAAAGAGCGUGGUCCUCUCUUGCUAGGGUUGUCUCCUAGAACUGGACACAUAUGAAAAACACAUUAUGCAUGGCUACAUUAGUUUAUAUACAUGCAUGGAUGUCUGUAUAAUAAUAAGAAUGGAGCAUGCAUAUAACGUGUAUAAUUUUAGGUGGCUAACCUGGAAACACGACAUUGGUUUAUACAAUCUCAAUUACCGUUAGAUUUUCUCUCUUAGUGGUAGCUAACAUGCCGUAUCAGAAACUCCAAGGCAACAACAGCCAGCCAGAGCCUGACUAUUAUCUGCCACCAUGCUAUAAACCAUGGAGCAGGACAUCACUGCAAUGCCAGCCGUCCUGUAUGACCCCUUCCUAAACCAAAAAGGCAAUUCUCUGGCUACAGACUAGAUUAGUCAUGAUCUGCAAUAUUCAGAUAGUUGCAGAAUAAAAUGCUAUAAAGGAGAACAAUGCUGUGGUACAUAUGAUAGAUGCUUCCAAUAAUUCUCCAUUCAUAUUGUUGUCUGCACAUGAAUGGACAGGAAACCCAACUGUCCUUUCUUACUCCUAAAUUGAUCCCACUUGUCACAUACAAUCUACAAUUUCUAUUAAAUACCUGUAAUGUCAGACACACCCACACAGACAAUGCUGUAAUCCACUUUAUGUUCUAUGCUUGUACUUUCUGUUUCACACCCAGAAAUCUGAGAAAGUGGAUUGUGAGUAUUUGCAAUGCAUUCAGGCUCAUUGCGCAGAUGGUAUAAUCAAAAGGUCAGAUAUUCCCAUAUGGGGAAACAAUUGUGAAAUCAGACUCAUUAUGAGAUUAACCCUUACCGCAUCACAGCACCCACGUUAGUUUCUAUAUAAUAACAUACCCAUAUUAAAUCCCUGCUUGAACACAAGUGAGUUAAUACUUGAUACAGAACAUAGAUAUAAACUGGGGGUUAUUUACAGACAUGGAAAAACAAGUAGCGCUAAAGGUUAUGCUCUUACUGUACGUUAUACUCUUCAUGUGCCUGUUUCAGUCCUGUACUAAUUAGUGUUUCAUAAUGACAUAGAAAGGGGCAUUAGCACAUGCUUGACACAUUUUGGGGCAGUUACAUAUAUAUAUAUAUAUAUAUAUAUAUAUAUAUCGGUGGUUCUUGAUGAACAUGAAUGUAAUGUGACGUUCUGCAUGCAUCCAUAGUAAUGGUUCUCCUGUUUCCGAGAUUUGAUUUUUUGAUGGAUGAUAGUCUAAAGAUAGAGGCCCUCAUUCCGAGUUGUUCGCUCGGUAUUUUUCAUCGCAUCGCAGUGAAAAUCCGCUUAGUACGCAUGCGCAAUGUUCGCACUGCGACUGCGCCAAGUAACUUUACUAUGAAGAAAGUAUUUUUACUCACGGCUUUUUCUUCGCUCCGGCGAUCGUAAUGUGAUUGACAGGAAAUGGGUGUUACUGGGCGGAUACACGGCGUUUCAGGGGCGUGUGGCUGAAAACGCUACCGUUUCCGGAAAAAACGCAGGAGUGGCCGGGGAAACGGUGGGAGUGCCUGGGCGAACGCUGGGUGUGUUUGUGACGUCAACCAGGAACGACAAGCACUGAAAUGAUCGCACAGGCAGAGUAAGUCUGGAGCUACUCUGAAACUGCUAACUCGUUUGUAAUCGCAAUAUUGCGCGUACGUCGGUCGCAAUUUUAAGAAGCUAAGAUUCACUCCCAGUAGGCGGCGGCUUAGCGUGUGUAACUCUGCUACAUUCGCCUUGCGAGCGAACAACUCGGAAUGAGGGCCCGAGAUUGUAAAUUUUUAGAUUUAGGGAGAGAACUAACUAUACCUCCCUGUAUAUUUGCUGUCACCGUGGUGAAACACCUUUCUUUUCAUUUAACUAGUUCCACACAGGUGACGGCAAUCAUAAAUUAAGAGGGAAGUCCAUGAACAGAGCAUUUUGUUCCUCCUGGAAUGGGGCGUGUUGGAAGCAGGGCCAGUUCUAGACCAUGUGGCGUCCAGGGCGAAAGUUUCCUCCCCGCCCCAGACAAGUGCCCCCAGUAGUUAUGCCCCCUUAGAUGUGCCCCCAGUAGAGAUGCCCCCUGUAGAUUUGCCCCAUUAGAUGUGCCCCCAGUAGAGAUACCCCUGUAGUUAUGCCCCCUUAGCUGUGCCCCCAGUAGAGAUGCCCCCAUUAGAUGUGCUCCCAGUAAAGAUGCCCCUGUAGUUAUGCACCCUUAGAUGUGCCCUCAUUAGAUGUGCCAUCAGUAGAGAUGCCCCUGUAGUUGUGCCCCUUAGAAGUGCCCCCAGUACAGAUGCCGCCAUUAGAUGUGCUGCCAGUAGAGAUGCCCCUUGUAGCGCCGCUUACAAACACUAAAAACAAACAAAAAUAAACAAAACUCACCAGCCCCGCUCCUGCUUCCCGACCGCUGCUCCGCCUCUGGCCUCUGCCGUCUCCUCUUUAUGGGAGAGACGUCAUGACGUCUCUCCCAUAGCAGCGCUGCACAGACACUAGAGGUCAAUUAUGACCUCUAGUGUCUGUCUGAAAAUGGAGCCAGCUGCAGCGGCUCUUGCUGCAGCGGGCACCCACACUGCCCACGGCGAUUGCUGCAGACGGAAUGCGGGGUGCGGGUAGGCUAUGGGCCCCUGCGGGGUGACUGCGGCCGCGCCCGUGGGUACAGCGCCUUGGGCACCUGCCCUGCUCGCCCGUGCCUAGAUCCACUCCUGGUUGGAAGGUAUGUCCAAAAACUUAAGACCAUUCUGAUAUUCCCUUGAUGUCUUGAAUAUAGAAGAUAUAAAUAUUGUCAGACAUAGUGUAAGGAGAUAAAAUUAAGGAUGAAAAUGUAUUAAUUUAUUUUACAUAUUUCUUUUAUAAGGCAUUGCUUUCAGGCGAGAAUUGUAGUUUUACAGAAAAGCACAUGUAAGCCACAUAACCAAAAUCUGCUGAAUGUUUACAUUGGGUGUCUGCUAAUACAGAACAUCAAAUAUAUAUGUUUAUAUAUAUAUAGGCCAUGUUCAGAGCCGUCUGUAUCUUGAUAAUCAGAAUAUCACAAAUUUGGUAGGGGGUAAUCAGGACUAGGGAAAUAGGAUUGGGCACAAAAAAAAUUGGUGCAAAAAGUCGCCAAUAGGUGAAUUAUGGAGCUGUACAAUGUGUAACAGUGAAAAUGGACAGAUGUUUUAUUUGUCAUCAUUUAUGUAACACAAUAAAGGUAAUUGCUCAUUGCA